AUGGCAAGUCCAAGAACCAGAAGAGUUUUGAAGGAAGUAAGAACGCAGGAUGAAAAUUCUCUAUGCUUUGAAUGUGGAGCCUUCAACCCUCAGUGGGUCAGUGUGACCUACGGAAUCUGGAUAUGUUUGGAAUGCUCUGGAAAACACAGAGGCUUGGGGGUACAUCUCAGUUUUGUACGUUCCGUCACGAUGGACAAGUGGAAGGAUAUUGAGCUUGAAAAGAUGAAAGCAGGAGGGAAUGGCAAAUUUCGUUUAUUUCUGGAACUCCAAGAUGAUUACAAUCCUAACUGGACUUUACAGGAGAAGUAUAACAGCCGAGCUGCUGCGCUUUUUAGGGACAAGGUUGCCACUGAAGCAGAGGGGAAGGAGUGGUCCAUUGAGGCAUCUUCUGCCAAAAAUUGGACCUCACCUCAACCCAAAAACAAUCUUUCAUCCUCCCACCGGUCCGCGGGAUCUGGAGCCAACUCGGCCGUAUCUGGCGAUCAAGCUUUUGAGGACUGGUUGACUGAUGACGUCAACUCUUACCAGAGCGGAGGCGGUUAUAGUGGGAAUCAAGAGAACCGCUACGUCGGCUUUGGCAACACCGUAACCCCAGAGAAGAAGGAGGAUGACUUCAUUAACAACGCCAUGUCCUCCAUUUAUUCGGGUUGGAGCAAUUUCACCGUCGGAGCCACUAAGUUUGCUUCUAUUGCAAAAGAUAAUACAACAAAACUGGCUAAUCAAGCAACUCUAAAGUUAAGGGGUUAUAAGGCGCCCCCAGAACCGGCCACAGAGUUAGGACACACAAUAAACGAAAGUGUUAUCAAACCUACCCAGGAAAAGGUGAAAGAUGGCAAAUUUCUAGAUGAAAUGACGGUCGGCAUCAAUGAGUUUGCAAACAAGGUGCAGGGAGCCGGUGCCAAAUUGUCCAAUCUUUUCUCGGGCAAGACGGAAGACGGAGCCGCCGGCGAUAGCUACCAGAACAUGGACGCCGCCGAGGGAUAUCAGGGCGGCUCCGGUCAGCCCGUCUCCAAAGACUUCUGGGAAACAUUUGGUAGCAACAGCUCUCUCAAGGCCAAGAAAUCCCCGAGCAGCGACAGCUGGACCGUUGCAGAUAAUUCUGCAAAGAAGAGCUCUGACAGUUGGGACAAUUGGGGCUCAGAUGCGGCGUCCAACAACAAACACAGCACGGAGGAGAGCUGGGAAGCCUGGGACAACAACUGGGAGAAUGCAGAUGGUAAGAGCAAAAAGAGUCCCACCAAACCUGCUGAGGAAACAUGGGCUAAUGCAGACUGGUAG